GAAAAUGAACGGACCGGGCAACUCGGAAUCUAUCUUCACUCUUCUCGACUCGAUUCGGCAGCAUCUCCUCGCCAAUGAUUUUGAAACUGCUGCCACGAAUUCAGUUGAUACCAUCGCCAGUGCCAGUGGUUCCCAUUGUGACCCCUUUAACGUUGAGUUGUUUCCUUCUCUUCAGCUUGACUCCACUGUGACGAUGGUGAAACGGGAACCUCUGCAUUUAUAUGUAGCAAGUCAAGUGGCGCUUGUACGUGAGAAUCACAUGCCGCCGAGGCAGAGGAAUUACAUUGGUGUCAGGAAAAGACCUUGGGGGACAUAUGCGGCUGAGAUUAGAGACCCUAAGAGGAAUGGUGCUAGAUUAUGGCUAGGGACUUAUGAGACGCCUCAGGAUGCGGCUCUGGCAUACGACCGAGCUGCUUAUAAGAUGCGCGGCUCAAAAGCUAAGCUUAAUUUCCCUCACUUGAUCGGCUCAGACGAGAAAAUAGAGACUGUCAGAGUGACCCACAGGCGCCGUUCGCCUGAGUCUUCCUCUUCAGAAAGUGGGUCGCCGAAGCGGAGAAAGAGCACACGUGUACACAGUACACUGCUCAAUGCCUAA